CGUGAUCACGGUCGCGGUCUGUCUCUAUAAAAACUGUUUAGUUAAUGUUAAACUGACACCUGCCGUUGGUAGUGGCUAGCUAGCUAGCUGAUGCUAGCCAGGCAGCGUUAACAACUGUUAGCUAACGCACUUAUGGAUUCCCCUCGUAAGUCUAAGAAGGCUACCCUGAAUCGAGAACCAAAGCGCAGCCAGAAUCAGUCAAGCACGCCUCCUCAGAAAGAUGCCUAUGCCAGGCUUCUUAGCCAGCACCACAGCAGCAAGUUCAGUUCAUAUCUAGAACAAUAUGCAAAGGACACGUCCUUUCAGAGGGAAGACAACGGGCCAAGCCCACAGUUCAACCCCCAGAGUGACAGGCUCAGUAUGCCGCUGCAGCAAAGGGACCAAGUGUUGUGUGAUUUCUCUGAUUCAAGUGACUUCUCCCCCUCCUCCACGAAAAGUAAAGGAGAGGAGAGUUCAUUGUCUUUGUACAUGGAGAAACUAAACAUUCGCAAUGCUCAGCAGGACUGUGAAAGUAGGCAGGGUGUAUCUGACAGGCAGCAGCGGAGGGGGCAGAGAAGGGAUACCACCACCAGCCAUGACGGCGAUGUCGAGUCUGCCGAGGAGCUAGGUUCUUUAAAACCAAGUGACUCAAAGAAACACCAGAAGCAGCAAAGGAAAAACAAGGAUUCAAACAGAGAUGUUGGCCCCAAAGAGACUGACUCAUCUGUUGGACGUUCCCAGUCUCCUAAGAAGUCAAAGAAAAAAAGCCUGCCGAAGCACCCAGGAGAUGGGAGAGUUAGAGAAAGGGCAGUAAAGAGUGGAGUUGAUGUUCAAAUGUCAAGUCCCAAAUCUCCUCGUGGUCGUGAUAAAAACUCACCUCUGGACUGUUCAUCAAGUGCCAAUUCUCCUGCUGACAAGGGUAAAACUAAAGGAGGCAGAGGAUUAAAGAAACAAGUGUUUGAAGCCUACAUGAGCUCUGAGGAGGUUUCCCAUAGUCUUAAAAGAGGAGAACUUAUUCAGGGUCAAUUAAGAAUCAACCCCAAGAAGUACAACGAAGCUUUCAUUCCAUCUCCUGGUGGUACACGGGAUAUAUUUUUAGAUGGGAUUGUUGCUCGCAACAGAGCGCUGAAUGGAGACAUAGUAGUGGUGCAAAUACUCCCUCGGGAGCAGUGGAAGGUUGUGAGGUCAGAUACUGACUGUGAGGGUGCCAGUGAGUCAGACACUCCUAUUGUCCAAACAGCUACGAAGAAGAUGGCGAGCACUCCCAAUCCUGACAAUAUUGCCGAAGGACAGUGCAGUGACCAAGAAGAAUUCAGUGGCAAAUAUCAGAAUAAAUCAGGAGAGCCUCUGGGAGACCAAUCAACACCACGUUCCAACGGAGCGAUACUCCAAAAGACUGCUAAAGUGGUUUACAUUGUUGAAAAGAAGCACUCAAGAGCUGCUACUGGCUUCCUGAAGCACCUCCCAGACAAGCCCUUCGCCUUGUUUUCCCCUGUGGACCACCGGCUGCCACGGAUUAAUGUUCCUCUUGCUGAUUGUCCUGAAGACUUUGCGUCCCGCCCGAGUGACUAUACCAGCACCUUGUUUAUCUGUCGGAUCACGGACUGGGCAGCCAACAGCAAUUUUGCAGAGGGUCGACUGGCUAAGUCACUGGGUCAAGCGGGAGAAAUUGAGCCAGAGACAGAAGGUAUCCUGAUCGAGCAUGAGGUUGAUUUUUCCGAGUUUUCAGAGGAGGUAUUGGACUGUCUCCCCCAGAAUCUGCCCUGGAGCAUCCCACCUGAUGAGAUGAGAAAGAGGAAAGACCUGAGGGAGGAGUGUAUCUUCACAAUUGACCCAGCAACUGCCAGAGAUCUGGAUGAUGCCCUGUCCUGUAAACAGCUGCCAGAUGGCAACUUUGAGGUGGGAGUUCACAUUGCUGAUGUGAGUUAUUUUGUGGAGGAGGGAAAUGAUCUGGAUGCCAUUGCUAGCCAAAGAGCAACUAGCGUUUACCUGAUUCAGAAGGUGAUCCCCAUGUUGCCUCGGUUGCUGUGUGAGGAGUUAUGCAGCUUGAACCCUCUCGUUGACAGACUCACUUUCUCCGUCAUUUGGAAAAUCACACCUGAGGGAAAGAUCUUGAAUGAAUGGUUUGGCCGUUCAAUCAUCCGCUCCUGUGUGAAGCUGAGUUACGACCAUGCGCAGAGCAUGAUCGAGGCCCCUGAGAAGAUGUUCACUGCCGAGGAGCUGCCACCUGUGGACCCUGUGCAUCCCAUUGAUGAGGUCCAUCAAGCUGUGCUCAACUUGCACUCUAUCGCCAAGAACCUCAGAGCUCAACGCUUCUUAGGAGGAGCUCUCCGACUAGACCAGCUGAAGCUUUCUUUCACUCUGGACAAAGAGACAAUGAUGCCUCAAGGUUGCUAUAUUUACCAGUACAGAGACAGUAACAAGUUGGUGGAGGAGUUCAUGCUGCUGGCUAACAUUGCCACAGCCAACCACAUUUACCGCAAAUUCCCCGAGUUGGCUCUGCUCAGGCGCCACCCUCCACCGAAAGCCAAGAUGAUUGAUGAGCUGCAAGAGCUGUGCGACCAGCUGGGAAUUGACAUUGACUUGUCUUCUGCAGGAGCAUUACACAAGAGUCUUAAUACCACUCUUGGUAAUGAUGAGUACACAAGUGCCAGAAAAGAAGUCCUCACCCACAUGUGCUCCAGACCGAUGCAGAUGGCGCUGUACUUCUGUACAGGUGUACUGAAGGAAGAGCAGCUUUUUAAGCACUACGCCCUCAACGUUCCUCUCUACACCCACUUCACAUCACCCAUCAGGCGCUAUGCUGACAUCAUUGUGCACCGGCUGCUGGCAUGCUCACUGAAAUGUGGGCCUCGAAUAAGGCUGUCAACAGAGGAUGUUGAAAAACAGGCUUCACACUGCAAUGAUAAGAAGACUUUGUCCAAGAGAGUCCAAGAGCUCAGCUCUGAGCUCUUCUUUGGAGUCUUUGUGAAGGAGUGUGGCCCGCUGGACUCUGAGGCCAUGGUGAUGGGGGUGCUGGAUCAGUCCUUUGAUGUGCUGGUGCUCCAAUACGGAGUGCAGAAACGCAUCUAUUGCAAGUCUGUUACAGGCCUCGACUCGUUCCGCCAUCGUAAAGUGGGGAAGAAAUCAGAACUGACUCUCCUCUGGACUGCAGAGGCUCCGGAGGCUCCACCUGUGGAGCAGGUCAUUUCGAUCUUCACUUUAGUGGAGGUGCAGCUCAAGUCGGAUGAUGCGCCUCUGAAAUACAGCGCAGUGCUCAAGAGGCCUGAAGACAGCACAUCAUAAACAUACAAACGCUUGAAUGGAAGUCAGGAAUUGCACAUUUUCUUUUGUUGAUUGAUAGGAAUGACAUUUUAUUCAGUGUAAUGUAGAAGCAGUAACUGAGCAGUCAAAGAUCUGACUGCUCAGUUCCUGCUUCUACAUUAGGAAUGACGUUUUAGAGUGUAAUGAAGAAGCAAUAAUGCACCAGUCAGAUCUGAGUCAGAUUUCACUUGAAAUCUCCAGUUACUUAAAUGUUUUUGUUUUUGUUUUUUUUUUUUAACCCACUUAAUGCAAGUAGCCCACACACAUACAGGUAUGUUAUAGGGUUUAAUAUUUUGAAUCUGCUGUCAGAGGGAGCUUCCUCACGCCUGUCCUGUGGCUCCAUUCUCAUGUGGAAAUUUACACACUGGCAUCAACUAGUGAAUGUCUUCAACGUCUGUGCAAGUUGACUUUCAUACUUGAGUAAAAGUGUUAGGCUUUGGAAGUGGCUGGCUGCGCUGUUAAUGACAUACUAAGUGGCUUUAAAUGUGAGCUAUUGCAAUAUUAUUUUUUGGAAUUUAGGAUUUCAGAUUGAGUUCUGACUCAGGUCUGAUGGUGAUGAUUUCUUGACCUAAGUAAGGUCAGCUUUGGUGUGAUUUAGAAUUGCUGAACACAGAUGAGAAAUCAGAUUUUUAAAUUAUUUUUAGUUGGAUAUUGAUGAGCAGCUUCCUGAUAUUUGAGGACAGAUGAUGGUUUGCAUUCUGCUAAGCAGUAGAAUUGACCACACUACUGACUUGUGACUGGCUCUGGUGGUUGUAACUUUAACUUGUUGCCACACUGAAGCUUCAUUAAGUCAGGUAGUGACAAUACAGCUGUGACAGUAAGAUGACACCUUCAUAGUUUCAGAUGGUCAGAACAGGUACAUUGAUAUUCACUGGUUUACUGAGGAAACUUUUCUUUAGAUUCUUUUGUCAUAGUCCAGCUCACAGGACUUUUCUUUGCUCUACUUUCUGAAAAAGGAGUGGACAUAUUGUUCUAGUCCAAAGAAAGUUUCUUUUUAUUUUAUUUUUUUUCUUGAUUGGAGCAAUAUGAUGAAGCAUUUCUUUAUUUAGUAUGCGAGUCAGGCCAAAGCUUAACUCAUUUUUACUACAAAACAUGGGAAUGACUUGAAUUUGAAUCGCUGCUAAAAAUGUUGACUGCCUUGACGUCUUAAUGGAUUUUAUGUUUGCUCUUGUGUGGUGGUGUUUUUAUGCUGAGGUUUGAUUUGGUCAGCAAAAAUAAUUAAUGUAUCUCAUUGAUAUUAAAUGUGAAUUUCAGCUCUCUUUAAUCCACUGAAUAUAAUCUGAUUAAACAGGGACUGAAUUUUGGUGCAACUGCACAUUUUAAAAGGGAUGUGGGCCCCGCCUUUGCAUUAACUGAGUCACUGUGCCUCUCCUUUGCUUCUCACACCCAGUUUUGAUUGAACUGUGCCAUGUAGUGACACACGGAUUAGCUGCUGCAUCUGCACACAUUCUUUGUUUUAAUGUCAAAUCUAUUUUUUGUUUGACAUUUGUUUUUGGAGAUUGUGUCAGAUUUAUUUUUUGACAGAACCAACAGCUGUCUUUUUAAAAUGUUUUGUUUUAUAUGUACUGACAGUACUUUAAUUUUAAAUCCACAGCUGCAAAAGCUAGUACAAGCAACAGCAUUGAAGAUGUCUGAAAAAGUUGUCACAUUGUAGAUCAGUAGAACAUUAAAAUACAGUUUCUUUGGAUCUCUGUUUAUAUUGUCACAUGCAACUUAUGGUCAGCGUUUGUUGUGGAUCUCUGUGCCUCCUCCAGUGCAAUAUAAGGUAGUCUAUGAAAA